ACACCAGCUCAGACACCUCCAUUACGGGCAAUCUCUUCCUCCUCCUCUGGCAGUGGUCUUUGUCGGCUCAAAACAGUGUACACUCCUCCUACUAUAACCUCUUACGAUGGACGGUAUCAGUCCGGCAGUGACAAUGGCAUGAAUUCCUCUGGUGAAAAGCAGGUGAUGGAUGUACAUGGGAGAAUUUCAGAGCGCGAUUUUGCUGGCACUCCUUAUGUUCCUGUUUAUGUCAUGCUGCCACUAGGUGUCAUUAACAUGAAGUGUGAGCUGGUGGAUCCGGAAGGGCUGAUGAAGCAACUAAGAACACUGAAAUCCAUCGAUGUGGAUGGUGUGAUGGUUGAUUGUUGGUGGGGGAUAGUGGAGGGACGUGCCCCACAAGAGUAUAACUGGCAUGGGUAUAAGAGGCUCUUCCAUAUUGUGCGGGAUUUGAGGCUUAAAUUGCAGGUGGUCAUGUCGUUUCAUGAAUGUGGUGGGAAUAUCGGUGAUGAUGUUUGUAUUCCGUUGCCUCAUUGGGUAGCAGAAAUUGGUAGAAGCAAUCCAGAAAUUUAUUUCACAGAUAAAGAAGGAAGGCGGAAUCCCGAAUGCCUAUCAUUUGGAAUUGACAAGGAAAGAAUCUUAAGAGGUCGGACUGCAAUCGAGGUUUACUUUGAUUAUAUGAGAAGCUUCCGAAUAGAAUUUGAUGAGUAUUUCGAAGAUGGAAUUAUCUCUAAGAUUGAAGUGGGAUUAGGGCCAUGUGGAGAACUGCGUUAUCCUUCUUAUCCAGUCAAGCAUGGUUGGAGAUAUCCUGGAGUUGGGGAGUUUCAGUGUUAUGAUCAGUUCCUCAUGAAAAGUCUGAGGAACUGCCGCAGAAGCAAGGGACACUCUUUCUGGCACAAGGGCGCACAGAUAACGCAGUCGUAUAAUUCUCAGCCACGCGAAACUGGUUUUUUCUGUGACGGAGGGGAGUACGAUAGUUAUUAUGGUAGAUUCUUCCUUGCUUGGUAUUCUCAGGAGUUGGUUGAUCACGCGGAUCGUGUACUAUCUCUGGCUAAACUGGCUUUUGAAGACACAUGUAUUUCUGCAAAGAUAUCAGGAGUUCAUUGGUGGUAUAAAACAGCAAGCCAUGCUGCUGAAUUGACUGCUGGAUUUUAUAACCCCUGCAACAGGGAUGGCUAUGCGUCAAUCGCAUCAGUGUUAAAGAAGCAUGGUGUGAUGUUAAAUUUCACGUAUAGUGAGUUACACACUAUAAAUCAGAAGCAGGACUUACCAGAGGCACUAGCAGAUCCAGAGGGUCUUCGUUGGCAGGUGUUGAAUGCUGCAUGGGAUGUCUCUAUACCUGUAGUUAGCGAGAAUGCCUUUCCUUGUUAUGAAAGAGGUUGGUAUAACAAAAUUCUGGAAGAAGCAAAACCACUAAAUGAUCCUGACGGAAGACACCUAUCUGCAUUCACCUACCUGAGGCUUAGUCCAGUUCUUAUGGAAAGACACAACUUCUUGGAAUUUGAGCGCUUUGUCAAGAGAAUGCAUGGUGAAGCAGUUCUUGAUCUCCUAACAUAGAACGAUGGGAAGGGGAGAGUCGUGAUUCCUAACUUAAAAAUUUCUUGUUCAUCCCCCCUUCCCUAACGAUUUGUGCCUUAAUUAAUCUCCAUUUUGUAGAGGACACCCUCAGUAGAAAAUAACACAUAACCUUCGCCGUAUCUUCAUUGACCAUAGGAAUCAAGGUGGUGCUUUCUUCUCAAGUUUGGUACCCUGGUCAAUCCUUUGAUACUUCUUGUAUAUAUACCAUUUUCUUGGCUCCUAUCUUCCAGAGAUUUGACCUUCCAUGUCAUUGUGACUGUUCUCUUGCAUAUGUUGAAGCUGAUUAUUUCACUAUGAUUGUGCUCUUAAGAUUUGUAUUCUAUGCAAGUUGCACAAUGGUAGGCUUAAGUUCACUGGGAGUAACUGUUUCUGCUAACUAUUUUCACUGCUUGACAUCUUCAGGAACAUGAGGCUCCUAUACAAGUUAAAAGUUUAAAGCGAUGCAUGUAAAUGGUUGUUGAAAUAGGAGGGAACUUGUUAGACCUGUAUUUUUAAAGUGUUCCUCGUGCCUCGAGGUUCAUAUCGAUGUUGUGCUGUAUUCAUAAUCCGAUAAAUAUUAUUAAUGAAAGGUGUAAGUGUAUAAACUUUUGCAACUCGUGCUGUUUAAUGGCUGCGGUAUGUUUUUACA